AUGGCUCUGCAGGAUGUGUGCAAGUGGCAGGCUCCUGACAUCCAGGGACUGUCCCCUCGCUUGCCUCAGGCUGGCGGCUGGGUUGUGCCCCGGGGCUGUGACCCUCAGUCCUUCCUGUGGAUCCACGGCCCCAGGCUGGCCCAUGGCACCACCACCCUGGCCUUCCGCUUCCGGCAUGGCGUUAUUGCUGCAGCUGACACGCGUUCCUCCUGUGGCAGAUACGUGGCCUGUCCAACUUCACUCAAGGUCAUCCCUGUGCACCAGCACCUCCUCGGUACCACUUCUGGCACCUCAGCUGACUGUGCUACAUGGUACCGGGUACUGCAGCGGGAGCUGCGGCUUCGGGCAUUGAGGGAGGGUCAGCUGCCCAGUGUGGCCAGUGCAGCCAAGCUCUUGUCAGCCAUGAUGUCUCGCUACCGGGGGCUGGAUCUGUGUGUGGCUACUGCCCUGUGUGGCUGGGACCGCUCUGGCCCUGCUCUCUUCUACGUGUACAGUGAUGGCACCCGCUUGCAGGGGGACAUAUUCUCCGUGGGCUCUGGAUCUCCCUAUGCCUAUGGUGUGCUAGAUCGUGGCUACCACUACGACAUGACCAUCCAGGAAGCCUACACCCUGGCCCGUUGUGCUGUGGCCCAUGCCACCCACCGUGAUGCCUACUCAGGGGGCUCUGUAGACCUUUUCCAUGUACGGGAGAGCGGCUGGGAGUAUGUGUCACGAAGUGACACCUGUGUUGUGUACAGGGAGCUGCAGAUGUUCCCGGAACCAGAGCUGGAGGGUGAGUCCAGCCAGCCCCAGCCUGAGACUGUCAUUCCUCAUGGAGCUGAGGAAGGUGGAGAAUUCCCUGUGGGGCCAAGGGAGAUGGCACCAGAAGACUCCAGGAUGCCAGCAGAGACUGAGAGGCUGUGA